CAUCAAUAAACAUAACCUAGGUAAAAUAAACGUCAAAAGAUAAAAGUAAAAUACUUAAAAAUACCUUUUGAAUCAAUCAAAUAACGUCUAGAACAAAUAAAUGUAAUAAUAGGAGUGUCGUAUAUUAUUUAGUUAAAAAAUGCAACCUAAUUAUGUGGCUUUGUAUAAUGAACAGUUUGAGCUUCCACCUGAGCUUUGUGCAAAGCCUUUGGCUUUAGUAGGGGUUUCAGGGUUGGACACAGUUAAUAAUGCCAUUCAUAAGACUAUCUGGGAAAAUCUUAGCAGUAACCGCCGAGUUGAGAGAUCCCCGGUACUGUUUAAGCUCAUUAGUAAUGCUCAAGAAUUCCCUGUAGUCAAACCAAAAAGGAAUUCCUAUGAAUGGUAUAUUCCAAAGGGUAUUUUGAAGAAGAAUUGGCUAAGAAAACAUCUCAGCGAUAUACCCUCAGUUAUAGUAAUUUUUUAUGAUUUAGACUGGAAUGAUUUGCAAUGGAAUGAGAAAAUUAUUGAAUGUGCAUCUAGGGUACAAUCAUUGAGAGCCGCUCUCGAAGGGAGGAACACCAGAUUGGUCGUUGUUCUUUUACAAAACACUCCCCCAUUACCAGCAGGAGAGGACUCUUUAAGUUCAGAGAGGGCUAUUGCCCUGUGUGCCAGUUGCGAGAUCAGUGCAAAAUCCCUCUUUGUUUUACCUCACGGAGAUCAUUUGCAGGGCUAUAUAGUCCGUUUGGAGAGUGCUUUUUAUGACUUGGCCCAAAAUUAUUACCACAUGGAAGCGAAACAUGUCGAAAAUCAUAAAGAGUAUCUCAACAAGAACACUCAUCAAUAUUUAUUCGUCAGGCAUCAAUUCAAAAUGGGCUUCCUUAACGAACUUAAACAAGACAUUCACACCGCCCAUAAGCAUUACACUUACGCGUACAAUAAACUACUUGAGAUUAGGAUCGUCGACACGAAUGCAAUGGAAAUCCAAACUGUCGCCGGUUUUAUCAAUUACAAAUUGUGCAAAUUGAUGUUUACUUUGAAUUUACCGCGAGACGCCAUUUCCCAGUUUAAGGCGCAUGCGGAAAGGUUUAAGUCAAGAAUUGGUUUUAAGGAGUUAGCUUUUGAACAUUACGCGUGGCUUUGUAAACAAUACAGCAUUUUCGGUGAUAUUUUUGACGAAGCUGUUAGAUUAGGAUUACCGGCUGUUCAAACCCAGCAUCCCGGAGUUUAUUACCAACAAGCAGCCCAGUAUGCUAUUCAAAGAAAAAAAUCGUGUCUCGAACUUUGCAAUAACGUCACUGCAUAUCCUACAGCUCCAGAUCCCCUUGAGGGUCUGGACCAUUUAGAAUUCUACGGGCAGAGACCCUGGAGACCUGGAAAACUGAACAUGGACAAUCCGGAUCCCCAAUUGGAGAAAAAAGGAAUCCAGGCUCUGCAGUUUUUGGAAAAACAAGUGGCUCAUUCCAAUGUAAUAAUUUCGUUAUAUGGACUGGCUGUAUCUCAAUAUAAAACAUACAAAUGUCCAAGAACAAGACGUUAUUUAGUCGUUCAAAUGGCGGAGGAAUAUUUCGAAUUUAGAGAUUAUGGAAAGGCUUUAACUCUUUUUACGCAUAUGAUUUGGGACUAUCGACUAGAGUGUUGGUGGUCAAUAUUGUCGCAUAUUUUGCAAAAGGCUUUGCAGUGUGCCUUUUUAACAGCUACAGUCCAAGAUUAUGUUACGAUAUCUUUGGAGCUGUUGGGUAAAAGUAUCACGACUACUACUGAAUACAAGGCUCAAGUUUACGAAAAUCUAAUCAGAGUUUUAAAAAAACAAAUCCCUAAUCCUGUUUUAAAUUUGCCUUCUUACGACGUUCAUACUUCGUUAAACUUGUGGAAAAAGGUUUUCGAAAGUGAAUCAAUUCACUUAACUGUGGAUAUGAAUAGUGUUGUGUCUUGUAUCGAAACAAAGGCACGAUUUUUAAAGGAUAAAUACGAGGCGGAUCAAAAUGUUGUACUCGAAGUGUUUAUAAGAAGUACAUGUCCGUUUCUCUUGAGAUUUACGAGACUUUCUGUGACAAUAAAUACGAGUGAAUACAGUUCAGAAUUUGCAGUGAACGAAACAAAAUUUAACAAUCCGAACUUAACGUUCGAAAGUAACGAAGUCAAAAAGUUUAUUGUUGAAUUUCUGCCCGAUUCUGAAACGACAGGCAAAGACAUGCAGAUAAAUUCUAUAAAUUUGUAUCUGGGCAUUCCAAAAGAGUGUUGUGUUGAGUUAUCUUUCAAUGGCAAUUUGGCGGUUUCGACCGGAGGAAUCCAAGAAUUUUCGCGGUUCAGAAGGAAAUCUGCGUCCCACGUGGACUUCGAAAGUAUUCUACCCCAGUCAUCGGCGCUGGUCGUACCGAGAAAAUCGAAACUGAAUGUUAAUUAUGAUCACAAACAGCCCGCACUUGUUGGCGAAUGGUUUAAUAUAAUAAUCACCGUUAGUAAUGAAGAUAUUGCUCCUAUAAGUAGCGUUAAUGUACUGGUUAAUCUUUCCGAAGGGGAGAUGGAUGGAAGCACCGAAUUCUGUCUCAACACGGCUGCUAAAAGCGAACUGCUUCCCCUAAAUAUCGGCCUACCAGACUUAAAAGUUGGCGAGAGCAAAUCAAUUAACCUUUACAUUCGAGGUCACAAAGCCGGUCAGAGGACAGUGGUCUUUAAAGUAUCCUACGUCCUCGAGUCCGAUAGGUCCGGAACAAGUAUUAGCGAAGAUACUCUACAUGUACCGUUUGUGAAACCGUUCGAAAUCAAUACCAAAUUUUCUAAUACUUUAUUCGAAGACAUUUCAAAGUUUUACGUGGACGAAGAGUUCGUAGUAACACCGAUCAUUAACUGCGUCUCACCCUGGCCGAUCGUUAUUGAAAAUACUUCGCUAGAUUUUAUGCCGCCUGUGGAAUCAAUUGAUGAAAGUGUUCACAGUCAGGUUAAAGGGUUGAUUUUAAACGACAAAGAAUCUGGGGCGGAAGUCUUUCUUGCAAAAGUGAAGAGAAAUUGUGAAAGUCCUGUCAAUGUGGGCCAGUACACCAUAAAAUGGAAAAGAGAAAACGGUUUGAGUGCAACCAGUCAGCUCAUGAUACCAGGAUUUGAAAUCGAAUGGAUUCCAUUAGACAUUAAACUUGAUUUGCCAGCUUUUGGUUUACUUCACACACCCCUUCUUGUAACUUACACUCUAUACAACAGAUCUCAUCAACUUUUACAAUUAGAAGUAACCGUAGAGGGUGGAGAUGCGUUUAUGUUUGCGGGUUACAAGCAGAUUCCAAUAUCGAUCUUGCCGGAAAGUUUUAAAACUCUCGACUAUAAUUUGUAUCCGGUCGUUGCCGGUAAUAUUGUUUUGCCGAAAAUUAUGAUUACUGUUCCCGAAAACAACACAGAGGGGCCCUCAUUAAGACAAAAUCAAGUAAAUGCCCUAUUGGAUAGGGCGCUUCCUACUCAUUUGUUUAUAAUGCCUCAAGUUAAAGGAUCCCCCGAAUUUCCGAAAGCGAUCCAAGAUGAAAAUUUACUAAAAGUUGUUUGAAUUUUUAAAUAAAGUACAUAUUUUACAUUU